AUGGCACCUUCCCUUCGUCAACAGUAUUUAUCUUGGGGAUUGCUCCUAACACCCUAUUCCUCUUCACCCAUUGUUGGCACAUAUCGAUCCCAUCUAUUUGACUCAACUUACAACGUUUGCACUUUCUCAAAAUACCUUUACUAUAGGUUGAAGUCUCAGAUACUUUCUUCUUCGGAAUAUUUUUAUCUGCUGCUCUCCGAAUUGCACCUGUACAAUGAAGCAACAAAAGAGGAUUGGAAACAGUAUCAAGAAGAUCUGGUAAAGCUAACUGUAGACAAUCGAGCACUCACAAGAUGUUGGACUCUGUCUACACCUGACAAACUCAAUUUAAUUUGGGACAUUAUAGCAGGUGCAAUUUGGAGAGCAGCAGAUAAAAAUAUUCUGAAGAAGAAAGUAUCUAGCAGUUCAAACAAUAGAACAAGAAAAUGCAAGCCAACUAAGUUGCACAAAAGCACAGUUAAACUAGGUAAAAUAAUCCAGAUGGUUAAGAGAUUUGCAACUGAUGGGGAUCAGUCGAUUGAUAUUGAGAUGCUUAGUAAAAAGAUUGAGCAGAUUAAUAACAUGCACCAAGCAGAUAUACCUGGGCUGAGUUGUAAAAUAUAUGAAAAAGAGACAUUGUAUAAGUGGGUAUGCAGUGCAAAAGUGUGCUGGAAAGCAAUGCGGGUGCAAGAAAAAGUUGAAAUAGAUAAAGCUACGCGUAAGAAGAUAGAUGCUACAAUAACUCAAAGAUAUGAAAGAAUUGAUGGUGAAGUUGGUUUAAUGUUAGCAA